AUGAGCAGAGUACAAAAUCCAAAUAGAGCUAACUCUCAGACACUUGAGAUGGAGGAAAGAAGCCCAAGCAGCAAUGUUCCUAUGCUAGAGGAAUCAAGCGAAGUGGAAAUGAAUGAAGUAGACACAGCACAGUCUGAAGAUAGACAGUGCGGUUUCCUACAAAACUAUAGGGGCAUUGCAGUAAUUAUUACCGUAACAGUAGGACUGUGUGUUGCUUCAUAUCUACUGUAUAGAUAUCUCUAUUGCACAGAGCCUCUCCCUGAUAUAAAAAAUGCUACUACGGCUGGAAAAGAGGUCAUUGAAAGCAUGACAACACCAACUAUCUUUAAUCAGACAAGUAAGCCGGCAGAAGGCAUUGAUCUAGUCAGUUCAACCCAUAGCACGAUAUUGAAUGAGGGAAAUUAUGGCGCAAAAAAAGCAAACUUUGGCACUCCUGUGUCGACUCUUUCCAUGCCUAAUAGCUUUAACACAUCCGCAGAGACUUUAGUCAGUGAUUUUACACCUAAGAAUAUUUCUACCUCUACUGCAUCCAUAGCUGAAUAUACUGCUACUUCUGCUACUACAGUGGCCAGUGAAGCAGUGAGUGAGAUGCCAGAAGCUACACCAUUUGUAUCUGAAGCAUCUGCAAAUUUAACUAAUGAAGUGACAGAGGCUACAGCAAAUACCUAUGCAAGUGAAAUUACAACAGAAAAGAUAGUGCCUGAGAUUGAAAACAUUAAUAAUUCUAUGGUAAUAGAGAAUAGAACUGCUACCGUCUUAGAUACAUCAGUGGAUAAGUCUACCACUAGCUUGCCAUUAACAACAAGCGAGAAAGCAGAUUUUACUACAACUGAAACUACCAUAGCAGAUUUUACUACAACCGAAGUAACAGUAGCUGAGAAUGAAUUAGCUGAAACUAUAAUGGAUACAAUUACUACAACAGAAAAGAGUGUGCUAGAAAAUAUAACUAGAAAUUACUUUAACUUGAAUAGUACUAUCCAGAAGAGCAGGUGA